AUAAAGGUUAACAGUGUAGUGUAGUUUAGUGGUGGUGUGAGAGCGAGUGUGUGAGUAGUCUGUGAGGUGGUGUGGACGACACAGCUAAUAGAUAGCGUGCAGGUGUUGGCUGGGCUGGACAGCUGUCAAACGCGAGGUGUCCGGUGCUUAUCAACGUGGAUAGUUCCUGUCAAACGCAGUCUACAAAUCCGUUGAGUAGAAGACCCUAGGGAUGGCGUCCGACCCGAGCACGCCCACGACACCCACCUCUCCCAACGACGACCGCGAGGCCACUAAGGAGUGGCUCGAGACCAUCUUAGAGACCUACCACAAGACCCUCGAUCCUAACUCGGAACCAGACGUAGAGCUACGUGAGUGGAGUGUGAACCCUGCGUCAGGAGGUGAGAGAGAGGGUUACCUGUCAGAGCAGCUGUCAGUUGGGGUGUCGUAUGGCGCCCGCGGCCGGGACCACCACGCCCACCUGCUGGCCAAACUCCUCCCGCAGGACCCUUUCAACCGCGCCUUCGUCAUCGAGACGCUCUUCGACCUGAGGGAGAUCAACUUUUAUUCUGAGAUCAAGCCAGCACUGGAGGGGGUUGAGCGACAGUACUUAACAGAAGACUCCAUUAACCUCGUCUGGGCCCCUGAGCUGUACUACGCCAAGCACAAGAUGGCUGCAGAGUCCAUUUUGGUUCUGGCUGAUAUGUGUCAGCGUGGCUACAAGAUGCAGGACCUGACGGAGGGGCUGACACUGUCACAAGCAGAGUCGGCUCUCACCACUAUGGCUAACAUUCAGGCUGCUUCCCUCGCUUUACAAAUUAAGGAGGGAAAGCCUCUUCAGGAGCGGUAUCCAUAUUUGUUGUCGAUGGAGCAGGCAGUAGAGUCCUUCAACUGCUUGGUUGAUCGAGGCCUUCCACUGCUACUCAAGUUCCUAGAGUCCCGUAAAGACCGUGCCGCUGUCCGGGAGGGUUUACGAAAAUAUUCAGGACACCAUCGGGCAGUGGAAGUCCUUCGAAGCAUCUUAGCUCCGUCAGACAAGCUCAACACUCUGGUGCACUGUGAUUUUUGGAGCAAUAAUCUUCUCUUCAAGAAGGACGGAGAUACCACUCGCUGUUGCGUCAUUGACUGGCAGACGGUGAUGUAUGGACGCCCCGCCAUAGACGUGGCCAUGUUGAUCUGUACAUCCUUAGAGGCCUCCCAGCGACGUAAACACGAGGCACAGCUCCUCUCAGCCUACUGGGAUGCUUUUACUUCCAGACUCGCCAAAUUUGGAAUUGAAAAGGAGAGUAUCAAGUAUACUGAAGAUGAUUUAAAGGAAGAUUUUAAAGCAGCGCAGGCAAUGUCAGGUCUGGUGGUGGUUGGAAGUGUUGAUAUUGCUCUGGGGAACAAGGCAAGAGAGGAGAGGGUUCUAGAGUUGCUUUCUGACCUGAUGAAAGCGGGUGUACUAUGAGGCAGCCGGGACAAGAGACCAAUUUAGAAUAAGAUUUACUCAUGUACAUAACAACUAUUCUCAAUGUCGAUACACUUAAGAGCCUGCAAUUAGCUUCAGGCAGUAGAAACGAGCUUAUUGAGAAAGCGGCGCCAGUGUGUCGUUGUUGUUCACAGGAUGAACUGAAGCACAACAUUUGCUUUUUAAAGGAUCUUUUUUCUCUGAUUACUGUAUAGUAUUUUAUAAAGCAUACUGUUACGUAGUCUAUUUGAAAUGUGUUUUUUCUUAUUUCCAGUACCGAGACUCGCGGCUCCCAAGAGACGUGCCGUUGUCAGUUCUUACAAAUCGUUAACAAUUAACCUAAAAAGCUGUUUAAUUUUUUUUUAAGAAUUGCAAGAAAUUGUCAAAGGGCACUUGACCAAUAAAUGUAUCGUUGACUCAUUUAACCAUUAUAUUGGGAUGUUUUCUGCCUAAGCAUAACUAGAGCUGCCGGGGCGUUGACUAGGCACAUGAAGCCCACGGACACAACCCAGCCUCGCUCACCCGACCGACAACUACGUAGAACUCCACUAAUGCUUAGCAUUUAAUUUAAUGUUUACCUAAUUACUGCCAACCAUUUAAGGCUUGUAUCAUUAAUAGCUUACUUGGACAAACUUCUAAUGCAUGAUAUCUUGGCUAUCUCCUGGUAUAGUUCUAUCUCUAUAUCAUAAUUGAACACAUUUGCGAGAUCCCUUCUUGGAUGUCCAAGGUUAGGCUGUAGAAACUACUACAGAAGCUAAAGACUCGGUAUACAGAAACUGAUUUGCAGCUCGUUACAUUUUAAGUUAAAGGAUUUAGCGUCUUUUCAAUUAGUGUGCUAUUCUAUAGUACCCUUUGUCUACUAUUCAAGAAUCCGAUUAUGAACUUCAAUUAAAAUUAGAGCAAUGAUGCUGGUGCUCUUAAUUAAAAUGUGAUUUUUUAUUUUUGCAUUUGACAAAUUGAAGGGCACUGUAGUGAGCUUACCGAUAGGCAAAGGGCGUUGUUGCACUAGAUAAAAAAAACUGGUCGAGUUACCUUCAUUGCAUAAUUGAGAAUGCAGUUGGAUACGUCAUUGCUGUAUGAAUCAUUAAUUGAAAUGGAUUUGUGGGUGAUCAAAAAUGUAUAUACAGUCUUACAUAUUUCCAAAUAUAAUACACUAAGCAGUAUGACAGGAUUUGUCAAUUUCCAUCACUUAUCUUCUACUAGAAUGAAUCAUGGACCAUGUAUGCAUGUCAAAGGCUUCGUAACGAGCCAUGUUACUGUGCACAAAACUGGAGUGCGAGUUGUGGUAAUGUUAACGGUACUAUAUAUCAUGUAAAGAUACGUCACAUGUAACAUAGAAUAUCAGGACACUUUGCAGCGCUCCUAUUAUGUAAAGAUACGGAAAGUGUACUUUAAUAGGCACUUAUGAAAAACAACUAAGUGUGUGUGUGUGUAUGUGUUCUCACAGGACGUGUGCAGCGAGGUGUCUAAUGAGUUCUUGUGAGCACCAAGCAAAUGAUCCCCCAACACACACAUAAAGUUGUGUGUUUGCUUGGCAAGAACUUGAGGCGUCUGCUGUCAGCCGGCGAGUACUAUUAACUUUGUUGAUGUAUUAUUACAGGAAAGACCGAAUUUGAGACAGGUCUAUACAUUGAUGUUUGUAAUAUAAAUAUGUUAUCA